AUGUUGCGCCGCAGUCGCUUGCACCUGCUAGCGGACUACCGCACGUCGUCCAAGAUAUCAGAUGAAUUUAACAACGUAUUGAAUCGGAGCGGAUGGGGGUUUGAUCAUGUCGCCGUCGACGUCGGAUCUCUCUCCGGCGCGGCAGGACGUUUGACACGCGACCUUAUUGGCCAGGAGCGCGAUGCGGAAACGGUGAAAAUUAUUCACAAACAAAUCACAAAUGUAAUUUUGCGUCGUAUUCAACCGAAGAAGUCACUCGCAAUUUUCAUUGACGGAAGUGAGCCGUUAUGGAAAGUGCGUCACAUGCGGUUAUAUCCGGGAAAGAAAUUUGAGGGAAAGUUCUACCGGAGUGCAGCGUCGCCCAUGGUUUAUUCGCUUGAAGACAAACUUCGUUGUGUGGGUCCGGAUCUGCGGACACCACCAAAGGAGUUUAUUGUAAGUGGACCGGCAGCACCGGGGCCGGUGGAGGCAAAACUCUCUGCGUGGAUGCUUGACCUCGCGACCCGUGCACUUCCGGAUGGAGCGGUAACGACCCCUACAGUUACCGGAGCGGCUGCGGCUGCUUCUGCCUCGGCAGGGCCACCUGAAGUAACAUUCAACGACACAUUUUGCCUCAUUGGAGGUAAUGAUGCGUUUCUAUCCGCCCUCGGCGCAACACCCUUUCACAACAUCACUACCGUAACACUUCAGCAAGGAGAGAUGAAAUCCCUUUCCUUGAGUGAGGCACUGGAGUGGUUUGCGAUGGAUCAUCUACUGAAAGGCGAAACAUCAAUCGGUUCUGGAGGGAAUGAACUUCAGAAGAGGUUGGCUUCUGUACGCACAGACAUUGUACUCCUGUACUUGAUGGCGAAUGGUAUUAGCGCGACAGAUCUUCCCGGCCUGGGCGUGAACUUCAAGGAUUUGAUGGAAGCCUACACUGCAGAGGAGGCUAACAAACUCUACUUAUUCGGGAAAACAUCUGAAGAGCGAUGUUUGCGGAUGUGCCCCCUUAACCUUGAGCGUGUACUAACCCACGCUACUCGGAGGACAUCAACACCGACUCGUUUUUGUCAGCAGUCCGCGGAUUACCUCGAGAUUCUUCUACAAACCCACUCCAUGAUAUGCGAUGGAGGCAUCAAGAAUUUUCGGUGGACACCCAACGACAAUGACGCCGUCCCGGAGAAGCAACCUAAAAUUCCCAUUGAGCGCUUUAUUGGUCAUCUGAAACAUCUGGCUGCGCAGGGCGGAGAAACCACCGCCGUCGCUGAUGUCGGGAGCACUGAACCGGGUCUUGCUGCCUCCGUCGAUUGGACAUUUGCGCUGACAGGGAUUGAGACACUGCUUUUGAGCGCCCCCAAGGCAGAAAUGAUCGAUCAAAUUAUUCCCGUAUUCACAAAAGGUCACACACUUCCCGAUGGCGUUGCCCAGGAUAUCGUGGACACGAAGAACGUCGUGGAAGCUCUUCACAAAGUGCGUCGUGUGCUACAGGUUGUUGUGACAAGCGACAACAGUGGUAAUGAUGACGGCAGAAUAGAGCACCCAGCCUUUAACCACUAUCCGACUCACUACUUUGUGCGGACCCCAGGUUCCCGCGGGCCCCCUCCUGGGUGGACGUACAAAAGUGUCAAUCUGGGGGUGCGAGCCGUCGCUCUUGGCGUGAGGCACCGUGUCGCUUCGGGAAUGUUGACGGCGGCUUCUCGAGUGCUUGACAGUGGUGGCGUCUCCUCCAAGAAUUCUCUCUUUGUAUUUCAUGUGAAGGACGGUAUAACAACCCCCAGUGGCGGGGGAAACGAGGAUGGCUGGUUAGAGACACCGUGCCAUGAGCUGGCUGGCUCCUCUGCAAACCCAGCAUCCAAGGAGAUUUCAACGCUUCGGGUGGUAACCUGGAACGUGCAGUUUAGUCGUCACAGUGGCGAGCGGACGCCGUUAGGGCGUGAUGGAAUUGAUUGGUGCACUUCAACAAGGUACGUGGCACUCGCCCAAACAUUGGAGGGGCUUGACGCUGAUGUUAUUGGUAUGCAGGAAGUAGAGCCAGCAUGGUGCAAGUAUCUGUCGCAACAACCGUGGGUACGGGAGAAGUAUGCCAUGACUUGCUGUGAGCAUAGUCACGCCAUUCAACCUUGGGGAGUCAUGUUACUCGUUAGACGGUCACUCUGCGUAACGUCUACACACCACGCAAAUGUUCCCGCUUUUUCAGGACAUACGAGUGUGAUGCCGGAAGUCACAGUGGUUGUGUCUGAAGGUGUUCCGGUGACGGUGGGUUCGAUGCACCUUCUUGCUCCUUAUAACCAGAACAACAUCAGUAACCGCACAACUCAACUCGACAAUUUAACGAAACGACUACGCACGCGACCCCCUAUUAACGGUAAGCAAGCAGGAUUAAUUGUUAUGGGUGAUUUUAAUGACUGCGCGAAGAAUUACUUCACCUUUCCCCCGGAAAUGGGCUUUAAAGACGCUUGGUUACUUCUUCACCCCGAUGAAGGUGUGAGCAGCAAAUCAGGCCACACCAUUGAUGGCGACCGAAAUCCUUACGCCGCACAGAUUAUUGAGAAAGAAUUCUAUGGACGCGCGGACCGAGUAUUGUUUUCCUCUCGAAACUUACAACCUAUUCAAACUGAGAUUAUUGGGACGACCUCUGUCCGUGAGAUGGGGAUCACAAAACAGGUGGACAUUGACAAGGACGUUCCGGAGUAUUUGUACCCGUCUGACCAUUUCGGUCUCCUUGUUGAGUUUCAGGUGGUUUAG